UACCCUGAAAGUGAUGUACAGUACAGAAUAAAACUGUAAUGUAUAUAUGGUAAGGAAUUUUUGGAGGACAACAUACAGCUUGUACUUUCAACUUCUCUGUACAAGAAGAUCGCAUCCAAACAUUUCGUUAGUGAUUUUCCAAACAGCCGGUUCGUCCCGUGACGACUGCAAACGCACGCGCCAGAAGCUUUAACCGAAGGUGAAACGCUGCUAACGUUAACUGACGGCAAACUUUAGCAGCAAUUCGAGACGUGUAAUCACUAAAGAUUUCAGGAUGUUUCAAGCUCGUCAAUCAUUUCGCGGUUUCAGAGGAGCCAGUUUUGCACAAAUUUCCAAAAAGGAUUUGCCUGCAACGUCCGGACUGAGGGAUUCAUAUGAAACUCCGUCGACUCCGUCUACCUCAGAUGGUCCUAGCAAACACGUCUUUGAGCAACAGGCGAAAAACGCAUUCGAACCUGAUCCUGCUGUCAAGUCAAAAGAUACCAUACCUAAAACACUGCUCGACAGAUACAGGAAUGGCCAAACAAACGCCAUGUCUUUUUUGCAUCAGCUUGCCCAGAUUUUUCAGUUCCACUUGGAAGUAAAGGAGACCACAGGCACCAUAUCAGGGUUUUAUUUUGCUUUUUGUGUGGUCAUCAAUGGGGUCCAGUACAAGACUGGCAUGGGGAUAAACAAAAAGCAGGCUCGACUCGAGGCUGCUGAGCUCGCUCUGCAGGACCUGUUGCCUACCUUGGAUGGCCUGAAGUCUUUCUUCCCUGAAGCAGCAGAUGUUCCUCCGCCGUUGCCAGUAAAAGAGAAGCCGUCUGUCUCUUUUAGAGCCAUUCAUAAAAAGAAGGAUUCUGUCAACCUCCAGGUUCCACAGGCUGUGAGGGAUGCGCUCACUAAACUGAUGAGCAGCAACUCGGAGUUCUCUGCCUGUGCAGGCACCAUAGCAGCAUUCAUCAUUCAGACGUCCAGAGGCUGUGAAGUGGUUGCCUUUGGCACUGGGAACUUCAAUACCAAGGAGAGUGCCUCAUCAAGUGGACGGAUUGUGCAUGAUUCACAUGCAGUUGUAACUGCAAGGAGGUCUUUCAUGAGGUUCCUGUACCGGCAUCUGCUGAUGUUCUUCAGCAAGACGGCUGAUUUGAUGGAGAAGUCCGUUUUCCAGCAGAACAGCAGCAGCGCUCUUCUCAGCCUGAAGAGCGGCAUCACCUUCCAUCUUUAUGUGAACCAACUCCCCAAGGGUGCUGCACAGGUCCCUUCCAAGCUGCGCCUGAACCCACUCUCGAUUUCGGCAUGGCAAGUCAACAAUGAGAUCAGCUUACACCUUUCAGUGGAGGGCAAGGUCUUCUCAGUUUUCUCGACAGCCUUUGAUCACAGUGCCUCCAAGGUUGUCAGCAUGUCUACCACUGACAAGGUCACUCAGUGGCAGGUGCUGGGAUAUCAGGGAGCCUUGCUCAGCCACUUCAUCGAGCCCAUUUAUGUCGAAAGCAUCCUCAUAGGUGAUUCUGGCUGCAGUGAUAUCCAUGGCAUGGAGAUCUGUGUGAGCCAGCGUGUGGAGGGCAUCACUUCUCAGCUGCCCAUGUUCUACUGCUUGAUGAGGCCCCGCAUUAACCUGGUGACUUCAGUGGCUAUUAACAGCACCACCAGUGGCCAGUUGACCUAUGGUAUCAACUGGAGUGAAGGAGACACCUCCCUAGAGGUUGUGGAUGGUCUGGAGGGCAAGACCACAGAAGAAUCCCCCUUUAAAAGCGGCCCUGCUCUGGCAAGCCGUCUGUGCAAGGCAGCAAUGCUGCACCGCUUCAGGUUGGUGGCCAAAGAGGCCCAGAGGCAGGACCUGCUAGGUGUAAGUUCCUAUAGCAAAGCCAAGAGAAUGGCGAAGCCGUACCAGGAGGCCAAGAAGGUGCUGAGGCUGUACCUGUUGCAGCAGGGAUUUGGUACCUGGUUGGUCAAACCUUUGGUUUGUGAUGACUUUUCCAUGUAAAUAAAAACACACAACCACUAGGAAAAGGCUGCAUUCUGGAAGAAGUUAUGUCCAGAUUAAUACAACUAAGUUUAUUUCGCAAGAACCAGUUAUUCUAUGGGAAGUCACUAUGCUGGGAUUUAAAUGUUUCUAUGUUGUGGUUUCUCAGAUGAUUCAAAUCCCUCACUGUUCAUGUUGUAAGAGCAGUUUUGUAUCAAGAAUGCAAAUAUUACACACCUGUAUAAAACACCCAUUUUUGAAGCCAACAGUCAGGGUUGCAGCACACAGUGAAUUGUGAUAUUGGCAAUAGUUUUUGUUUGUUGAUAGACGUGUAUAGUGAUCAGAACAUAUGUUUUAACAUUACACCAUUUGUUGUUUUAUUGUUGAACUUGUCUUUGCCAUUGUGUGAUUAAAAAAAAAU